CUUAAUAUUCCUAAAGAUACGAAAAGAAAAGUUCUUUUCUUUUUCUUUUUUUUUUUAAUACGUAAAUAUAAAUAUAUUGAAUUAGAUUUUUUUUAUUUUUGUCUUUUGCGUAUUUGUACCUUUUUUUUUUUAAUGAAUUUCAACACUAUUCCAAAUCAAAGAAUUGAUUUUAGUUCACCAAUUUAUUCCUACCAGACUUAUCCAAUACAAUCUCAGUAUCCACAGCAACAGCAACCAAUGUCAUAUCCUAUUAUUCAAGAAAAUAACAUAACAAACCAACAGCAACAUCCAUCUUCUUCUCCUCCACAACAAAAGCCAAAAUCAGCGGAAUUGAAAUUCAAGAUUGAAUCAGUUGGAGCUCAUCCAGAAGAUGAUGAUGAUUUGGAUAUGUGUCCUGCAAGAACACGUCCUUACUGGCCAAAGCAAAUCAUUCCUUGGUGGGUUCCUUCUCAUCCUAAUGAAAAACCACCUUAUUCUUAUGCUACUUUAAUUGCUCAUGCUAUUCUAUCAAGCAAAGAUGGUAGACUGACAUUGAAUGAUAUUUACACGUGGAUUUCUAAAAAUUACCCUACUUUCUCUGUUGGAAAUGGGGGCUGGCAGAAUUCAAUUCGUCAUAAUCUGUCCUUAAAUAAAAAAUGGUUCUGUAAAAUUGAUAGAAGACCAACACAAGCUAAUCCAGGAAAGGGCUGUUAUUGGACUUUAAUUGCUGGCACUGAGCAAAUAUUUAUAGAUAAUUUAACUCAAGAAGGAGGUCAUAGUCGAAAACAUCAUGAUAUUGGCCUUACUGCAGAACUCUCUGUUGGACAACGUCGAGGCGUAUGUUAUUAUAAUCAUAACCCACCACCUAAUACCACACAAUUAUGUAAUACUAAGUCAAUACUCCCUUCUUCCUCUUCUUCUUCCUCUUCUUCUACUACUACUACUUCUACUACUACUUCUAUUACUUCUACUUCAUCAGUAACUUCACCCCUUCCAUUAGCCCAACAACAGCAACAAGAUAGUAAUAAAUCCAUGUGUUUAGAUACACCGCCGCUUACUCCGACAAAGCCAGAAAUAUCACGCCCCUUACUUUCACCUUUAUAUACAACAUUCCGAAUGGUGGAUAUGACGCCGAAGUCCGAACAAGCAUUGAUGACUACUACUACUAUUAAUGCAAAUGAUUCGGAUAAUGAUUCUGCAGUUGACUUGAAUGAUGAUUAUAUUGACAGAGGACAUAUCAAAAAGCGUAAACUAAUAAAGAAAAUGGAUACAAUAUCUCAUAUAAAUGAACAUCCCCCUUUAAUCUAUGAUACAAACCCGAUGAAUAAUUCAGCUACUUCCUUUAAUUUAUUACCUACCUCAGCAGGUUGUUGUGAUAUGAUGAGUAACUGGGUUGAAGAUUCUUUAGUUUAUCCUUAUCAUCGUCAUCAUGACGACGAACAGCAAUCAUGGAUGUUAAUGACAACGCCAAUUCAACAGCAUCAAUUAUCAAAUAAUUGGUCCGACAAUCUAAUAGAAAAGAAUAAGAAAUACCCGAUCACUGUUAAUCUUGAUGAUGAAGAAAUAACUCAAAAAUACCUUCAUUUUACUGAAGAAGAAGAAGAACCACAACAACAACAACAACAACAACAAUACCAACCCAAUGACCCUAUUUUAUCUCUUACUGAUCCUAUUUAUUAUAAUCCUUUAUACCCUCCUUAUAACUCAAAUACCAUCGUCACUCCUUCCACUAAUCACACUAGUAUGCCACAGUCAUCAUUACCUAAUCAACCUACGAAUAACUAUCCUUUUAACCAAUUUGUCUCUAUGCAAGAUAUCCUUUAUUCUUAA